UAAAGUAGAAACAAAAAUGAAGUUACUAGUGCUGUUUAUAGUACUUGUAUGGUCAAAGAUCAAUUUGUGCACUGCUACUGGUGAUGCAGAAAUGACAGUGAGCUUCACUCAGACCUCUUACACUGUAACAGAGGGAGAAGCUGUGUCAGUGUGUGUGACAGCCACCCCUGCACUGGUUGGAGAGGCUGUGGUGGUGAUAGAACUGAUGAGCAGAGAGGGAUUCUCUCAAGAUCUCACUGUUGAUCCGACAAGCACACUGACAUUGACCAACACCACAACUCAAGUUUGCUGGAAUGUUGCUGCUGUAGAUGACUCUAUAUUUGAGAAUUCUGAGACUUCCACGCUGACACUGUCAGUGACAGCUGCACCGAUAAUUGCUGGAAUGUCUGUGGUGCAGCAAAGUACUGCAAUAGUUACUGUAAUAGAAAAUGAUGAUGUCACGGUUGCAAUGACAGAUGAUCAGAGGUCAGUCACUGAAGGAGGGACGGUAAUGGUUUGUGUAACCUUGACUGGACAGUUGGGGAGAAGUGUGUUAGUGGGUCUGACCAGCAUCAUCGGAACUGCUUCGGCAGCAGACUUUGAACCAGUACCGGUUACAAUACUAUUCUCAGACUCUGCAACUGAUACAGCAGACAAUUGUAUUCACAUUGCAACAAAUGGAGACAGUAUUUUUGAGGCAAAUGAGACGUUCACUGUGUCACUGGAGUCACUGUCAUUGAAGGGAGGAGCCAAACCACAGUUAUCACUGUGGAUGAUGAUGAUGCUGUUGUUUCCAUGGUCACUCCUACCAUGACAACUACCGAGGGUGGUGUGGCUUAUGUGUGUGCUAAUCUGGUCAGUCCAUCUGGUGGAACAAGUGUACCCAUCACUGUUGUGUUUACUUGGAGUGGAGGAUCGGACUCUGCAACCUUCUCAGUUAACUCAAACGCAGACACUCAGGCAUGUAUACAACUGAGAGAAGCAGAUGAUGAUAUAUUCGGGACGUCUCCAAUACCAGUGAAUACUGUUUUGUUGAGCAGUGUCAACUCAAGAGUGACUGUUGGAACGAAUAGUCAAACCACAAUAACAGUCAGGGAUGAUGAUGAUGUCACUAUUGAAAUGAAGAAUGCUAUUCUGAACCAAAAUGAAAGUGAUGGUGAUGUCAUUGUCUGUGCAGUACUCACUGGGCCCUCAGGUGGUCUUGGACAAUGUCACUGUCCAGUUCACUGCUCCAGCAAACCUAUCUCCUAAUGGACAACUGACACUAACCUUCCCAAGUGGAGCUGCACUUCUCUCUGAACAAUGCAUUACUUACACUGAUCCUGUGAGCGAUGAUGAACUGUUUGAGACCACAAGUCCACUUGCAUCAUUCAUUGUGACGUUGAGUGCUAACCAGGAUCGUGUUACUGCCACUGGUACCACCACAAUCAACGUAUACGAUGAUGAUGAUGCUGUGUUGGCUCUACAAAACACAUUAUACAACUUACAAGAAGCAACCAACGAGACUGGACAGAUAUGUGUGAUGCGUGUGGGGCCAGCUGGUGGUCUGGCCAAUCCAGUACAAGUGUAUUUCAUCAUUAGCACAACUAAUAUUUUAAGUCCAGCAACUCGUGGUGUUGACUAUACUGUUGAUGUUCAGUUGCAAACUAGUACAAGAUUGGACGUUCCUGUUUGUAUCACCGUGACAAUAGUGGAUGACACAAUAGCCGACCCUGGAGAAUCAUUCAGAGUUCAAGUAUCCACUUUGAAUGCAGACAGAGUUUCUUUCAGUAAUGGCAUCUCAGAAGCAACUAUCAAUAUCAUCAAUGAUGAUGUUUUGGCUGGUCCAACAAACCUAAGAAGUAUCAGAACAGCCUCGACUAGUGUCACCUUGCAAUGGAAUGCUCCUGACAGCCAGUCAUUAUCUACAAGCCUGGUUAGCUAUACUGUAAUGUGGAACAAUGAGCAAAGAACAUUGACGUCUGUUCAGCUCCAAUACACUAUACGUCAGCUGGUCCUAUUUCAAGAGUAUCAAUUUUCUGUUCAUGCCAAUUUUGCGGAUGGGAGCAGGAGUAACUCUAUUUCCAUUAACGUUACAACACUGCAGGAUGUUCCAGGAGGUCCACCUGCUAUGCUGAUGGCUUCACCCACGGCAGCCACCCACACGGCAACCACCCUCACCCUCUCCUGGGAUCCAGCAGCUGAACCUAAUGGAGUCAUCAUCACCUACACACUGUAUGUGGACUACCUCAAUGGAACCACCACAAACAUCGCUACUCCAUCCACAAUUUUCCUAUUAUCUCCCCUGAGGCCCUAUCAAAGUACUAUGUCAGUGCAAGUAUCAGCCAGUACUUCAGUUGGUGAGGGACCAAGAACACUCAGUAUGAACUUCACUACAGCUGAGGCCAAGUCUGGCCCAGUUGGUAGUCUGAGAGUCCUAAGAGUGAAUGAAACCACCUUCACUGUCAACUGGAUUGCGCCUGCCGAGGUCAAUGGAGUAUUACUAACAUACACCAUCAGCACCAACGAGGAAGGAAGCAGCUCAGUAGUAGAGCACUACAACACUUUAGCUGCUUCGUUCUCUAUACAUGAAUUAGUCCCCUAUACUCCAUAUGUGGUAUCAGUGGCUGCCAUCAAUGGCGUUGGUUUUGGAGUGGCUGCCAGUGUUGUAGAAUUCACUGCUGAAGGAAUUCCUCCAUUCCAUCCUCGAGAUAUUGGUUCCACUCGACUGAAUGGAACAGCUGUCCGGGUGUCAUGGAUACCACUCAGUCGCUCAGAGGCUAGAGGCUUCAUCACUAACUAUACAUCAUCACCUACUGGAGAGUUGGCUCUAAUGCUGCGAAUGCUAGUACCAUUACUGUGUCUGGGGAAGACGCCAGCUCUGCUAUAAUUAUUAAUCUCAACUCAAACUCUGAUUACUACUUUACAGUGUCAGCUGGUACAGUACAGGGAUUGGGAAAUGUCAGUGUGUUGCCAUGGUUAUACCCGGACAGUCUAUACCCACACAAGUACAGUCACCAGGGAAUCAAUCAAUGGUGGGAGUGAUUGCUGGAGCUGUUGUAGGACUGAUCGUUGCCGUGGUUCUACUGACAAUCAUAGUCUGCAUUGCUUGCAUAAUUAGGAGAAGACAACAUGGUAGGCCUAAACAGGAAAGUGCAUCAAGUAAUCCCGCAUAUGGUAUGUCUGUUAUACAAGCUCCUAAUGAUGCAGUCAACAUCCAAUCAAAUGAUGAGCACACAUAUGAACAUGUACAAGAUAUACAUGUAGAUGAGGUGCUUUACGAAACUAUCGAUCCUGACAGAAACAGCGGUGAAGGUGAAGCAGUUAUGGUAUCAGGCAAUGCAGCUUACAGAGUGAGAUUGUGAUGUCAUAGAACACAAAAUGUAACUGUAUAUAUACGUGUCAAUCAGUGCAUGCUGAUAGUAUUUUUGCACGGCAUUGUAAUAGCAGAGAGUUGUGUUCUUUUUAAAUGAGAAAUUUGACCUCACAAAACUCAAAAACAAAACUUUCUAUCUGUUCAUAUGACGUCACGCACCCAAUUAACCAUUAAU